AUGAUCAUUCCACACGAUAUCUCGACUUUAGGCAAUGUGCGGCUGGCGGUCGCGUUGCCAAUCGUUCUUGUUGCCUUGGGUGUUUUCCGUCUGAUUUCGAGGGUGGUCUACAAUAUCUACUUCCACCCACUCAAAGAUUAUCCAGGGCCGAAGCUCCAUGCCGCUACCCGUAUCCCGCUCAGUAGAAUGAUCAUGAGCGGUAAAGCUCACAAGAGACUGGCAGAGCUUCACAAGCAAUAUGGACCUGUUGUCAGGCUCGGCCCAGACACAAUCGACUGGGCUGACCCGCGCGCUUUCAAAGACCUGAUGGGACACAGCAAGGGCGGUGGCGGUAUGGAGAACUACAAGGACCCCGUCAAUGCUAGGUACAAGCCGCACAGCAUCAUCAACUCCGACCGUGAGGAUCAUGCACGUAUUCGCCGCGUUCUAGCCCACGGAUUCUCCGCCCAGGCCAUGGUCGAUCAGCAACCCCUGAUUCAAACGCAGAUUGACUUGUUGAUCCGACGACUCCACGAGAACUGCGAGGAUGGAGGAAAGGCGUUGAACAUGGUUUCGUGGUACAACUGGACGACUUUUGACAUCAUUGGCGACCUGGCCUUUGGUGAGCCCUUUGGUUGUCUGGAGAAUUCGGACUAUCACCCGUGGGUGUCAAUUAUUUUCGACAACAUCCAUGCCGGUGUAUGGAGAAAUCAGUUCCAGAGGUACUGGAUCACACGUCCAUUCGCCAAGUGGCUGAUUCCAAAAGAGUUGAAGAACAAGACGAAGUUCCACAACGAUAUGAGCCAGGAGAAGGUCCAGCGUCGCAUGGCACUCGGCGAAUCAAGGCCGGACUUCGUCCAGUCUAUGAUGAUGAAAGAAGGCCCCUUGGUACGUCUGUUCCUUAGCAUAUCUAUCUCAUCGUUCCUGCGCAUCGAAACUGACAAACUCAUUCUGAAGGCCAUGUCGAAGCCGGAAAUUGAGCAGACCGCAGACACCUUGAUCAUCGCCGGCUCGGAGACGACGGCAUCUGUGCUCUCGGGAGUAACUUACUUCCUCACGAUGCACCCCGAGGCCAUGGCCAAGUUAGCACAGGAAGUUCGCACACAAUUCAACUCAGAGCAAGAGAUCGAUGUUCUCAGUGUUCAGAAACUCCGUUACAUGCUCGCGAUUCUCGACGAGAGCAUGCGUGUUUACCCAGUCGUACCAAUGGGUCUCACCCGAGUUGUCAAGCCCGGUGGUGACUACAUCUGCGAAAGAUUCGUGCCUGCGGGUACCCGAGUGAUGGUUUCUCAGUGGCCCAUGUACCACAACGAAAAGUACUUCGCGGAGCCUGACUCUUUCAUCCCUGAGAGAUGGCUUGGAGAUUCCCGCUUUGAGAACGACGACAGAGCCGCUCUCCAGCCAUUCUCUUUCGGUCCUCGGAACUGCAUUGGUCGGAACCUGGCCAUGUCUGAAAUGCGAGUGAUUCUUGCCAGGGUCAUCUGGAACUUCGACAUGCAAAUCGCAGACGACAGCAAGAACUGGACUGAUCAGCAACUGUUUGGCUUGUGGAAGAAGGGUCCUCUGAACGUGAGGUUGACGCCUCGGAAGACAGAGUGA